AUGACACUGUUCUUCAAGGGAGACAACCUACAAUACGAUACUGGGAUACAACGGCAACGACAACAGCAGCCGAAUUCGAGAGUAAAUCUGCGCUUCGUCAACGUCAAGAUUAUCAUGCCGACUCGAUCAGUGAAUAUACUCCGAGCGGUUCCCCAGCUCACUACCACCAAUGCAUUGGCCAUCUUCGGUGGAUAUCUCGGUAUUUGGCUGGGCCUUUCUCUUCACUCCAUCCUACGCAUGACGGUUCUCAACAUCUUCAAGAAGAUCGUGCGGGUGGCGGAUGGAAUCCAUCUGACGCUUGCCCUAGCCUGCCUCGGACGGAGCUUCCUGGUGGUAUCUUUCGUCUUGUGCGCAUGCGUGUGUACGAUGCAGUCGCUACACGAUCUGAAAUUCUACUUCGGUUACCCUGGUCAAGUACAGCACUUGCAGGAGCGAAUGAAGUCGAUACGGUUCCCGGCGCUCUCGAUCUGCGUCGAGAGGGGCUACAAUUUGACCGCUUUAUGUGAAGCCUUUCCUUACAUGGACUGCGCGGACCAAGACGGACAACGGAUCAUUGGUGCCUAUCUCGAAGAGACUAAAAGACUGCUCAAGUUUGCCUAUCCGAGAGAUCGUAUAAUUUUCGACUGCGACUUCAUUUCUGAAGACCCAGCGUGCUCUUCGUUCAGCUGUGUCGAUGCUUGGGAACCAUCCUUCACGAGAUAUAUCGAUAACGUCUGCUGGACCUUCGACGUUAACCGGGAGGGAAAGAAAUUAGAUCACCCCCUCGGGAAAUGUCCAGCGCCCUGGAAGUACUACCUGAAAACAAGUUUCUCGACGAGUGUCCAACCACUGAAGGAGAGAGCUUUUGCAUCGGGCCUCCUGCAUGAGCCCGGCUCUACCGCUGCUUCAAGCAGACCUACAAUGAGAUUUCGAGCAGGCGACCGAUACCGAAUCGCAGCGUUCCAGAGCGAUUCCCACUCGCUACCGAAACCCUACGAGUCCCAAUGCACGGACUACGAUCGUCUAACGAGUCGGAGCGCAUACUCUUCGCGGCAGAUUCAGCCAGAUGAGUGCGCGGAGCGAUGUCUGAUGGACAAAUGGUUCGAUGCGUGCAAAUGCAUCUCGAAACUCUACGCUAUGAAACAUCUGCUGAAAGCGCCGAUGUGUGACAUUUUCAGCCACAUGCACCACCGUGAUGAGAUCGAAACGAUGGAGACAAUCAUGUUCGCAAACUUGCUCCUUGCCUUGUUCGCUACCGACAUCGUAUCGAUCCUCGAAGGCCACAUAGGUCUGUGGCUCGGAGUCUCCAUCCUGGAAGUGGUUUCGAGCAUCAUCAAAUACUGGACAUCGUUCGGUCGAUCCUUGUCCUGA